CCCCUGGGUUUCGCCACAGAUGUCUCCUCUCCCAAAAGCUAUAAAUACCUCCCGGUUUCAAUCCGUAAGCACUCAGAUUGUUUUCAUUUGUUCUUUCAACAAAAGUCAUAAGUUUCAAGGUUGAACUUUAAAGCAAAGGAAAAAUGGCGAAGACAGUUUUGGUUCUGGCAUUCUCAUUGACCCUGGUUCUAUCAAUCCGGUCCGUGGUAGGAGAAGACGCACUUUCACCGGAGCAGAUAGACAAGGCUACUACAGAGUUUAAAGAAAUAACCCAGUCCCUGUCACAUGGUGCAGGGAAUGCCGCGGAGAGUGUCAAGGAGACCGCCUCGUCGUUGACUGACUGGGCUAAGGACAAGCUCAGGGAUUAUGGCUGGCUGUCCCCGAAGGGAGCUCCUGCAUCCGCCCCGGUAAUAGCGCCGGCACCAGCAUUGGCAAGGGCAUUCGGACCCGGACCCGGACCUGCCGCUGCACCCAUUGUUUAAGUCUUCUAAGAUAGGAUAUGAACCAAAAUAGCAAAGCAUAUCACUAGUAUAUUAUAUUUGGAUUAACUUGUAUGUAUAGGUUACCCUUGGUUCUCGUCCAAUAGAUUUGGACUGCAGAAAUUUCUUUAAUUCUUUUUAGGUCUACUGUUCUUCAGACUUCAGCUAUAGUCUGAAUCGAAUAAUUACUCCAAUGUAAUAUUGGCAAGAAUCACUAAUAUUACUU